AUCAGUGUGAGUCAACUUACGUUUGUGAGAAGGAUAAUAGCUAGUCAGUUUGAAAUAUUGACGGACGCAAACAACACUGACACACAAUGGCACCACUGUCGUUGAAGAUAAUUUUGGGGGAAGGUGCAGUUACGCGAACUCUCAUGUUUGAUACAAAAACUACAGUGAAAGAAGCUCAUGUGAUAGUGAAAGACAAGAUCCUGGCUUUAGAACCUAACAGAGAGUACGGUUUCUUCCUUCCGUCGGCUGACAAUGAGUAUUCGGGAGUAUGGUUGGAAGACGGUGGCAAAACUCUGGAGUACUACAUGCUGAGAGAGGGUGACUCCCUGCAUUACCUCCCCAAGAUAAGAAAUAUGAGACUUCGAAUGUUGGAUGGUGCUGUGAAAACCCUUCAACUCGAUGAAUCCAAGAAGGUUGGCGAUUUGAUGGUCUACAUCUGCGAAAAACUGCGGAUUAGUAAUUCAGAAGAAUAUGGACUGUGUCGAGAAGAGAAAGAGUCUCUUGAUGAUCCAAAGGUCAAUGCAAUGGGGACUUUGACGUUAAGGAAGAAAACCGUGCAGAGAGAAAAGGACGCUAAACUCGAGCAACUGAGCAAGAAACUCAAAACUGAUGACCUUGUGGAGUGGUUGGACCAGCAUAAGACUUUAAGAGAGCUGCAAGUAGAUCCACACGAGACGUUGUUGUUUAAACGGAAGCUUUUUUACUCUGAUCGCAAUGUCGACUCCCGAGACCCGGUUCAGCUCAACCUGCUUUAUGUUCAAACGAGAGACGGAAUUUUAGAAGGAAAACAGGUCGUCACUGAGUCUAAAGCGCUUGAAUUUGCCGGCUUACAAUGUCAUAUACAGUACGGUGAUUACGACGAGGACAAACACAAACCAGGAUUUAUUCAAAAUUUAAAAGAAUUUCUCCCAGAACAAUACGUGACUUGGGGCGCCGAGAAAAAGGUUAUCAGAGAACACAAAACGCAUAUCGGACUUCCUGAGAUAGAAGCCAAACAAAUGUACACAAGGAUGGCGCGUGAGUUGCCCACUUACGGAGUCACCUUCUUCCUAGUAAAGGAAAAGCAAUUAAAAAAGAAGAAGCUAGUACCCCGUCUAUUAGGAAUAAAUGCAAAUUCUAUUCUACGUCUCGACGAAGAGACGAAGGAAAUCAUACAAGUUUGGCUACUGACUCAAGUAAAAAGUUAUAGGGCUGAUUACGAGUCUUUCGCUCUAAAUUUCGGAGAUUACAGUGAAAAAGAAUAUGUGGUCAAGACCAAUGAAGGCUAUCGCAUUAAAGACAUUCUGGAAGGCUACAUCGACAUUAUAAAGCGAAGUCUUGCUGGUCCUAGAAAAGUUAAUUUUAUUGAAGGGGAAGCCAUAUUUGAGGAUAAUGUUGAAAUGUCAAGAGGCACAACCUUUGUGAAUUAUGCAGCAAAGAAGGCAGUAGAACAUUCCCUUGUUGGACCAAGCCAAAUAAUAUCGGUGGAACAAGGACAACAAUUCAAAGAGGGCACUCAAAUUGUUACGGUGAACGAAUUGAUGAAGACCAACAUAGGCAGUAAAAGCCAGCAACCAAUCACGACCCAUGGCGCAAAAGUGGAACCCCCUAAACACCACAUUUCGAAUGGGAUUGAAAAUAAAAUGAAGACCUUCAACUCCAAAUGUGUAACAAGUGUAGUGUAUCUAUCAGAUCCCACAGAACUCAAUAUAAAAGAAGCAAGAAAAGUUGUAGCUUUUAUGGAAGCUGCAUUGCCCGAGUUAAAAGAAGGUGUGAACGAAACUGCUGCUAACUCAAGUCCAUUAAAAGCUAAAAUGCUUCUAAAUAACCUUAACGACCUUUGUUUCUAUUUGGACAGUUUAUCGUCUGAAGCAAAAAAUAAUGAUCUGACAAAUGAAGAAAACCUUACUAAGGCUCUGGAUGCCGCGAACAAGUUAGCAGAUUUAUCAACGCAAAUGCACCUAUCUUUGGAUCCAAAUACCAAGAGACGGAGCAAAAUUCUUAUGCGUUCUCGCCAUAGUUUUAUACAGGACGAAAAGACAGAAGCAUCUUUGCGACGCGCUUCUUUCCUGACAGCAACCGACAAUGCUUGGACUACUGUAGAAAAUGCAGCUCACUAUUUAGAUGAGCCCAAUGAAAGUCCUCUCAGUAGUGAGGAAUGCCAAUAUUUGGCGUUAAAGUCUGAAAAACAUUUGGGCAAACUGCAAGCCACGAUUGCAAUGAUACUGAAUUCGCACGCAGAUCCAUCUAAUAUAGAUUAUGAAAGCGCUGUUAUGUCUAUGAAAACACUUUCUGAACUGAUACCCAGUUUUGUCCAAGAUGUAAAAGCUCUAACAAAUGAUGAAAAUAAAGUAAAUGGAAAAGACCUGAAGGAAUAUGUGAAACAACUGCUUGAUUGUACCCGAGCUAUGUGCAUGCUGACUGGCUCAGAUAAUGUUAACAAAAUGUACGACGUCGGAAACGAUUAUGCCUACGUUAGCACAAAAAUCACUGAAAUACUCAAAUCACCUGACACAUUCGAUAAAAAUGAAGAAUUCAUUAAACUGGUCCAAAAUGUGGGGAACAAGGUUCAGUUGCUACUAAUGGGUACUAGUGAACUGACAAAAUUGGAAGCCUCUGACCCCCGAGCCACCGAAUUGGACGCCGCAGCCAUCAAAUGCACUGAUGCCACCGAGGGCCUAUUAGCUUGUGCUAGAUUGACUUCGUCGUCCAUCCGUGAACCUCACAGUCAGAGUGCAUUAACAGCUGCAACUGAAAAUCUUGCGUCAUCAGCCCAAAGAAUGGCUUUAUUGUGGAAACCCUUGUCUGAAAAACCCGACCGGAAGUCGUUCGCUAAACAAUUAGCAAACGGUACCUUUGAAUUGGCUAAAGCAUUAGAUAAACUGAAAAAUGCAUUUACAAACAUCCCAGUUCCAGAUCAAGAACCAGAAAUGAAACGUUUGAAAUUCAUUGCCACGGCGAGAUCAGCCGAUAAAGUUAUGAGUAACUCUAACAUAGAGCUGCAAAAGUUGAGUGACUUGCCUGUUGCGAUGAUGCCCAAAAAUGUCAAAAAUGACCAUCCAGGAUUACAAAAUAAUUUAUCGCAAAAACUGGCACACCUCAAUGCAGCUGUUGCAGCACUACUACAGGCCACAGGCAAUCCUAAUAACGCUGAUUACGAUAACGCAGAAACUGCUGUAGAUAUCAUCAGCAAAUUGACUCCCGAUAUUAUUCAAGAUUCCAGAUCUUUAAAUGGACAAGUUGAUGAGGCCACGUGGAAGAAAAUAACAGAAUAUCUCAAAGAGAUGCUUGAAGCUACAAGAGAUAUGUGUUCAAAUGCUGAAGAAAUAAACGAAGAUGCUCGAAACAAAGCUGCGUCUAAAUUUGCCAAAGCUUCGGGCCAACUGACUUACAUUUACAACCCAAGGAAGAAAUAUGAACAAGAAGACCAGAUUCUUGAUUUGGCUAAAUCUGCGGUUGAUCAAAUAAGUCAGAUGCUGACCCAGGUCUAUGAUCUAGUUGAAAAAGUUGAUAGAAGUGACGGAGAUUUGCUUGACAACGCCGGUGUUAAAGUUGUUGGACCUGCGCAAAGAAUGCUUAAAGUGGCCGAGUUAACAGCACCAAAUAUUAAUGAAGCUAGAUGCCAAGAGACACUUCUCUCAGCAAUAGAUCUUGUAUCUAAUGAAAUCCAGAGUCUGAGAGAUACUUGGACACCUAUAAUCCAAUCUGAAAUAUAUAAAGACACCCACAAUCAACUCGACAAUAGCGUGCAGCUUGUACAAGAAAAACUUAAUAAGUUAAGAGAAGCCUGCACUAGUAGCAAUGGUGACGAAAAUCUGAAUAAACAAAAUUAUUUAUCUGCGACGUCUGCUGUUGAUAGAGCAUUAACAGAAGCAAGCAAAGAACUUGAAAUAAAUAACUCUAAAGAAGGUAAAAGGCUAACCAGAAACAAUGAUCCGGAAUUACGAGCUAAAUUAUCUCAAAGUCUUGGACAACUAAAUGCUGCUAUAGCAGAUCUUUUGCAGUCAACGAGUGUACCCAAUCAUUUUGAUUAUGAUAAAGCAGAAAAUGCCAUGCAGUUCAUCAAGAAAUCAGUUCCAAAUAUUAUAAAAGAUUCCAAAGAAUUGAAUGGACAAGUUGACGAAAACUCUUGGAAUAAUAUAAAAGAAAAUCUAAAGGAACUCCUUGAAGCUACUCAAGACAUUUGUGCUAAUGCCGAUGAAACUAAUAACGAUACGUUAAAUGACGCUGCGACUAGAUUUGCUAAAGCAUCUGGCCACUUGACUUAUAUUUAUAUCCCAAGAAAAAGAUUUACGAAGGAAGACCAGAUAUUGGAUUUGGCUAAGUCUGCGGUUGAUCAGAUAAGUCAGAUGCUGACCCAGGUCUAUGAUCUAGUUGAAAAAGUUGAUAGAAGUGACGGAGAUUUGCUUGACAACGCUGGUGUUAAAGUUGUUGGACCUGCGCAAAGAAUGCUUAAAGUGGCCGAGAUCACUGCACCAAAUAUACACGAACCAAAAUGCCAGACAUCACUGUUAUGUGCAAUUGAUCAGGUUUCUGGUGAAAUUAAAAAUUUAACGAAUACUUGGAAACCAAUACUUCAAUCACCUUCAUAUAAUAUAUCAAGAAACCAACUUGAUAAUAGCUUAAAGACUAUCGAAAACAGUUUAAAUUUAUUGAGAAAUGCAUGCACAGCAUCCGAUGAUGUUGAAGAAAUGGGCGAACGCAAAUGCAUUGCUUCCAUAUCAGCUGCUGAAGAUGCUUUAAACGGAGCUUAUGAAGAGCUCCAACAAAUAACUGUUCCUCAGGUACCAAAAGGAGAGAUCAGAUAUGAAAGUCCAAAAUUACAAAAUGAUUUAUCUAAAAAACUCUCUAACCUCAACGCCGCAAUCGCAGCUCUAUUGCAAGCUACAACAGGUUCAAAUAAUCCUAGAUAUGAAGAGGUGGAAGCAGCGAUGGACGUCAUUAGGGAACUUGCUCCGGCUAUAGUUAAAGAUUCCAAGCAAUUACAAGGACAACUCGACGAACAAACAUGGAAAAAUAUAAGCGAUAACCUCGUAGAUAUGCUUGAAGCAACUAAAGAUAUCUGUACCAACACAAAGGAAUCAAACGAUAAAGAUUUAUAUCGCGCUGCUUCUAAACUAGCAAAUUCGUCUAAUAAAUUACGAUUUAUUUUUAAUCCUCGCAAGAAUUCUCAGGAAGAAAAGGUGAGAGAUUUAGCAAAAUCUAUCUUGGAUGAAAGUUCAAGAAUGUUACCUAAAAUGUCAAAAUUAGCCGAUGACGUCGGAGGGGAACAUCGUAGUAGACUUUAUAAAUUGGGAAAUGAACUGACAGAUUCUGUGCAACGAUUGCACAAAAUCGUUGAGCUAACUGUACCAAGUCUUAGAAACGCCCAAAGCCAAGACUUACUGGUAUCCUCAAUCAACGAGAUGUCUAAUAGAGAGAAACAAUUUCUGGACUCUUGGGAACCUUUCUUACUAGAACCCAAUUGUAUACAAAAUAAAAAAGAACUUGAAGACAGUAUGAAGAUUAUUGACACAAAUAAACUUAAAUUAGCAAAAUACAUUAACGAGUUCCUUCAUGACCAUCCCCAAAAUAAAGAAUCGUAUGAACUCAAUGAAACUUUAGAAGAAGCCAAGAAGAAUUUAGCUAAGUCAAUGAAGGAAUUAAAACAUAUUAUGUCAGUAAAUCCCACAAAAUCAAAAAUAAAACACGCCACAUCAACGGAAAGUUUGGCAAAAAGACUAGCUCAACUAAAUGCCGCCCUUGCGUCGCUUUUAAAUGACAGUAGAGAUUCAGACUCAAGCCGAAAAAUACCAGCAAUAAAUAAUUUCUCCGACCGGCUAUCAGAUGUAAUUAAAGAUGUGGAACUUAUCAACGGCUCUGUUGACCCGCACACAUGGUCAGUUAUAUUGGACAAUCUCAAACAAAUUAUUGAUGGUUCAGAGGUCAUCUAUAAUAGCUUAGAAGAUCCGGAGGAAGUCGAUUCUGCUUCUGGCGUCGUCAUGAAUUCCUUAUCUACACUAAAUUCUGUUUGCAACCAACGCGCUAAUACUAGGAAAGAGAGCCAGAUACAACAUCUAUCGAGAACAACCGUUGAGCAGAUAUCUUUAUUGCUCCCACAUGUGUACAAUCUAGUAAAAUGUGUUGGUGGGAUUGAAGGCACAAAUUUAGAUCAGAGGGGCGUUGUGGUUGUGGAUGGAGCGAAACAAUUCCUAAAAACAGCUCAGAUAACAGCGUCUACCAUUGAUAACCCUGAUUGUAAAGAAGUCCUUAUGUCUUCGGUUGAUCAUCUCAAACAACUUCUUCAAAAUUUGAAGGAGACUUGGGAACCAUUAGUUCAUACUCAGAAUAAUAAUGAUAUCAAACAUCAACUUAACCAAAAUUUUGAUAUGGUUAACGGCUCCCUCAACAAGAUAAAGACCACAUGUUUAGAUGAUCCAGAAAACUUAGAUAUCCAAGAGAAACUAGAAAAAAUAAAAAUAUGUGAAGUGAAAGAAAUACUUAAAGACGCAGAAAAACUUCUUUCUGAGGAAAAAAUUGCGUUGGAAGUAGAUAGAAAUGAAAAACCGCUUUUGGACCAAAGAAAGAUGCUGUCUGAAAAAAUAACACUACUCAAUGAAGCCGUGGCUCGUUUGAUACUAGCGAUGUUAGAUCGCAAAAACCCAGAGUUUAAAACAAUCGAAGAAUCUCUGACAAAUAUUUCCAAUUUAUCUCCGGCUAUAAUUAAAGAUAUUAUGUGCCUUCAAAACAAAUUAGACGAUGAUUCUCGACAAACCAUGUUCGAGGAGGCAAAAUCAUUGUGUAAAACUAACCAGUCGGUUUGUAGCAGUAUAGAAAACAAUAAUUUGGAGGAACUCCUACAAGAAGCUUCAAAGUACGCACAAUCUUCAGCAAAAUUAAUCCACAUAACAAAUCCGCAUAGCCACCCCAAUAAGGAGAGAAAGAUACUGGAUCUGAGUCGCAACGCGUGCGAGAGGACGUCACUAAUGCUGUCGCGUCUAUCCCGGUUGGCUGGUGCAUCUCAGGGUACAGAGAACCUAGAGGACAAGGGACAAAAAUUAGAAGCCGCUGGAAUUACAGUCGCUAACGCUGCCCAUGCUCUCCUUACUAAUGCUCAGAUUACGGCUCCAUCCAUCAAUGAGAAAAAUUGUAAGGCAGUUUUAUUAUCGUCUACGGAGAGACUGUCAGGCUUGGCUCAAGAUAUUAAGGGACUUUGGCAGCCUUUAAGUCAGAAUACUGAAUCAAAAGAAAUUAUUGCUCAACUUCAAAGAGAUCUUAAUUUGCUAGACAAAGACUUACUGGACUUAAAAGAUACCUGUCAAGAUAAUUUAGACCAUGAUUAUAUUAAUUUGCAUUACCAAAAUAAUGUACCAUUAACAAAGGAAUUACAAUUGGAAUCGCAAUCAAAUGUCGGGAAUUUCCAAGACUGUUUACCAAAUGAUAGUAAAAUAGACAGCAGUGAGAAAGGCACGAACGAACCGCUGGUUGUAGUUAACACGCCUUUAAGACAGUUGGCGCUGAAGAUACUAGAGUUGACUAAGAUGAAACUUAAGUCAGACAAACUGAAACAGCCAGAGCACAAGGACUUAGAACGUUUUUCUGAGAAUUUAUCCGCUGCAUUGAAUACCUUGGAUUUAUGUUAUGCUAAAUGUGUAAACAAACCUCUUGAUUCCAAAAAACAUCAAGAUUUAGAACUUGCAAUUAUGGACUUACAACAAAUAUGCCUACUCUCAAGACGUGGAAAUUCGUCAAACAACAUUGUAGACUUGACGGAUUACGUUAAUAAUGUUACAUCAGCAGCAAACGUUGUUUUGGAAGUUGCUGAUAAUCUUCACCUCACAUCUGAUAAAGGAAAUGAAUCUUUGAAGAUAUUGAAAGAACAUUGUAAUAGAAUACAAGAAAAUGAACGAGUGUUACAGAAUUCUGAAUCGCUUGAAACUCAAGGAGGCAUUAUUGACAAUAUGACACUGGUUGAUCAAUUCGCGAAGGACUGCGAUGAACAAAUCCAAGAAAUGGCAAAAAUUAUUCCUAACAUAGACUCAGAAUCCGCAAGAAAUAUUCUGAAGGAAAAAGUUGAUAAUUUAACAGAAUGCUGCGACCUAUUAAAGUUUGCUACCAAAAGCAGUAUAUCCAGUGCCGCAAGUGUGGAAUUUGAGGAUAAUAUUCAAAACCUUGAAAGCGUCGCUAGUAACAUUGAAAACAUAUUGGAGAUAAACGAAGGAUUACAAAAAUCUGAUAAUCCCUCAAAACAAGAUGUGCAAGUUGCCCAAACGAAGCUGACUGCUGCGAUCCUGGCAGGAAAUGAGUGUCAUCUUCCAAAGGAGCUGACUCGGUAUGCGGUCGCCAUUCAAAGCAAUGAGGGGGAUAAUAGAAGACUAAAAGAACACCUGCAAAAAUUAUUGGAUCUCCUUAAAUUGCAAACAAUCACAAGGAGCCAUAGAAUAGCAACGUGGCAAGAUGUGGAUAGUAAUAAUACUAUAAGAGAGAAAAUUUUAGAGGAACUUGAAUCCUAUAUACGUGAUAUAAAAAGUCCACAUACAGAAGGAAAUGUUUCGGAAGCUAGUUUAAUAUCCAACAAUGAUAUUAGAAGACUAUUGAUAUCGAAUACACCACCAGCGGAAGGAGACAAAGAAGGUCUAAAGCAUAAGUUAAACAAACAAGUAGACAAAAUGGCCUCAAUAACAGAAACAAUAAUGCAAUCGUUCCAAAAACCUGAUAUGCUGUCUAAAAGUCUUCAUAUGGCUUUAGAAACUACGGAAAAUAUAACUUCUCUGUCAAAAGCACUAAAAGGAAAGGAUUUACUGCAAAGUAAAAAAAUUGAUGAAGCGUCCCAAGAAGUCAAUAUGGCUACAUAUGAUGUUAUAAAGACUUCAGAAUCAUUAUGUCAGUCCCCAGUUCCUGGUUCAAAACGAAAGUUGCUAGAGGCGUGUAAAAAUUUAAAUGACGCGUUGAACAAACUGGCUCGAAUCUCAUGUGCCGAUUCAGACGUCUGCAUAGAACUACAGCGCGACCUGAAGCUUGUGACACAGCUUGUACAGCACGAGACUGCUCCUAUAUCAGCAUCACUCACUGAUUGCGCGGACCAACUGCACAGUCAGUUGGAAGUCAUGAACAUACUACGUUCGUCCGACGAUAUGGCUAAAAAUUAUCGAAAUCAACUACGUCACGUAACAUCCGCUGUCUGUAACAGUGCUGAAUUCGGAACACAAUCUGCUUUCUUGUUGUCCUUGUCUGAUGAAGAUAAAAACGUGGCUCGGCUUGGUGUUGUUGAUGAUUAUAAAAUAAGUAAAUCGUCGGAGGCUAUUCAAGAAACAUGUCUUCAAAUUAUUUGUUCUAGAAACCCAGAACAGGCGAAGGAGUUAGGGAAUGGACUUAAUAAACAAAUUAAUCAACUACAAGAAUUGGUAGAUGAUACGACUGCCAAGGUGAAUGACGAAUAUAGAAACGAAAUAGUAAAAAACAAUGAAGCAAUCCAUGAAAGUUUCAAAAAACUUCAAGAUACAUUAAAUUCCACAAAUUUUAAGGAGAAAGAAAUAACGUCACAUUCUUUUAAAUUAAUGGAUGCCAUCAGAAAACUAAACAGUCAGAUUGAAAGAAUUCCCCGACCCAAAAUCGAUGAAAGCUUCAAGAAAAAAGAGAUAUCAAGAGAAGUCAAAGAAAAUGUCAGAAAAUUAAUAAGCAAUGCUUCGACAAUGGUCAAAAAAGCAAGUUGCAGUGUUGAGGACAACAUCACUUGGGCAAAUAUCGGCGGAAAUGACGUCAUUCAGGCUCUCGAAGCAUUGAUCUCGUGCAUUAAAAAAAGAGGAGUUGAAGCUGGCCUUAUGGAACCAGAGGAACAAGAUAUACCCUCAAAGAGUUAUGUUCAAACCCAAGUUGAUUUGGCUAACACAUGGCUAAGAAAGCCCGCGUCCAAAGACGACAAAGUCGCUGGCGUAGAAGCUGCGGAGUCUUUAUUGGAAUUAGCUGAAAAGAUGUGCGAAGAUCUCAGCGGCGGUGAGAAAGAAGAGCUGAAACAUCUGAUUAUUGAUACCAAACAACUUCUUAAAGAAUGCUCUAACAACUACAAUAGCGAUAAAGCAAGCCAGCUACGUGAGCGUCUCCAAGAUAUUCGUAAGCUGUGCGAGCGUGGUGCUGUCACACGAGUGGUGGAAACCUUCCUGAUGGAGCCGCAACAUGAUCUGGAUCAAGUUACACAGGAACCAGAUGAAAAUAAGAGGAAAUUCCUUCUUGAGAGGAAAAUAGCGGAGCUGCUGACACACUUGGCUAGUGUCUCCAAGACAGCACGUUUUGUAGCCGACACCGGCUUAGCCCCGCGACAAAUUCUUAUGAACAAAACUGACCAGGCUGAACUCUUGGCACCUGCGCUAGUAAAAGCUGCAGAGAAGAGAAUCCAGCAUCCAAAUGAUGAGGCUGCCAUAGCACACUAUCAGGAACUGCUGGCAAAUUACGCGGAAUCCUUGACAAAGAUUCGCGAGCUGUGCGACCGCUCCGUAGACCCUAUCGACUUCUCGCGAGCGGCUGGAGAAACAAUGCACCGCAUCACAGAGGAGAACAGCAAGGAUCCCCAGAGAAGCGUCUACACUUCCACUGUUAUUAGAAAGUUAGGUGAGCGUGUCGUGGAAGCUGGUAUGCAGGCAUCUCUUGUGAAGAAGGACGUUGAACUUCAACGUACGCUCGCUAAUAUCAAAGAGUCCCUAGACCGUGCUGCCUUGGAACAUCAUACCAAUUGGAAACAAGUGGCUACUGAAGUAUUGAAAAAAACUGGUGAAGUGGAGUCUGUUCUGGGUGGAGAGAACAUAUUCCAGAAGGAGCCAGAAUCAGAUCAACCUAUUUAUACUGCAGCUCUUCAACUCCACGCGGCUGUCCGUGGUUGGAGCGCGCGCCAAAAUGACGUCGUAGAUGGCGCCAAGUUACUGGCGGUGCUGAUGGCGCGGCUCUCCCACUACAUGGACACCGAUAACACGAAGGAGCUGAUCGCCACAUCGAAGUCGAUCGUUGAGAGAUCCCGCGAGAUCGUCAUUAUCGCCAGAAAGUUAGCGUUGGAGUGUACGGACAUGAGAAUACGAACAAAUCUGUUACAAGUUUGUGAAAGAAUACCUACCAUCAGCGGACAGUUGAAGAUGCUGACAACAGUGAAAGGCGCCUCGCUAGGACAACAGGGAACCGCUGAAGACAAAGAAGCCAUGAAUAUGCUGGUCGGUAACGCACAGAACCUCAUGAUAAGUAUCCAGGAAGUGGUUAGCGCGGCUGAGAGUGCCUCAGUGAAGAUAAUGUCGUCUCAAAGAGGCUUCCGAAUGAAGUGGGUCCAGAGGAAUUAUUAUUGAAUUUGAGCAACAAUUAUUUUCUACUAUCAUAGUAGAAUUAUAAUGUAACAAUGAUGUUAUAUAUUGUUUCUUAAGAAAUAUGUUACUUUAAUUCAUUCAUGUCAUAUUUUUGAGUCAGAAUGACAUUUGAAACGUCACUAAAAUACUAUUGAUAAUAUAAUAGAUUACAUACUUCUUUGUUUUAUUUUAUAGUAAAUUUUAUGGUCAAAAA